AUGUUAUAUUUCUGGCAAUCUCAGCAGCCCCUGUCUUUUGCAGGCUCCAGCCACCACUUGAUUGGAGACAAGACCUUGGAAGACAAUUCUCAGCAUCCUGCAUUGUCAGCUGUACCUACCCAUGGAAAGAAUCAGGGUCCUCAUCCUGGUGAACAUGACCAACGACAGGAAAAGGCGGACAAUAUCACAAAUAAAACAGAUCUGGAUGGAAAUGGGCAAAGAAAUCUGCAGCAAGAUUAUGCUCCCUCCAUUCAGAAGACAGUGAAACAGGCGAAACCAAAACCCCCAGAGGACAGGAAAGAUGACUGGUGCAAUACCUUAGGCAUCAAUCCCCUGUCUGUGACAGCCCAAUAUUCUGCUGUACAACAUAUCUCAGGCUCCAGCCCUCACAUUAUUGGAGACAAGACCUUGGAAGACAAAGCUCAGCAUCCCGUCCACUCAGCUGUAUAUAGACAUGGGAAGAACCAGGGUCCUCAUCCAGGAGAACAUAGCAACGGAUGGGAGAAGAAGGACUGUAUCAGAAAUAAAACAGCUCUGGAUGAAAAUGGCCCAAAAAAUCAGCAGCUGGAGAGUGCUCCCUCCAGCCAGAGCACUGUGAACCAGGGGAAACCAAAAUCCCCAGAGGACAGGGAAGGAGAGUGGUGCAACGCUUCAAUCCCCAAUCUGUCACUAUUCCAGUAUUCUACUGGACAGCACGUCUCAGUCUUCAGUCCCCACAUCAUUGGAAACAAGAUCUCAAAACACAAUGUUCAGCACCUUGCCCACUUAGCAACACAUACCCUUGCGACAAACCGGGGAGAAUGUUUGAAAGGACAGGAGCAGAACAAUAUCCCAAAUAAAAUACAUCUGGAUGGAAGUGGCCAAAGAAGCCAGCUGCAGCACGGUACUCCCUCCAGCCAGAAGACAGUGAACGAGGAGAAUCCAAAACCUCCAAAGUACAGGGAAGUUCCAACUCAAGAACUCCAAGGAACUGAUACCACACUCUAUCACCCAGAACUCAUGGAUACUAAACUGACAAAAAAGCUAGCUGAAUCUGAUACAAAGGUCCAAACAGAGUCUUUUCAAAAAGGAUCACAGCCUGGAUCAAGUCUGCAUGACCUAGUGGGAGAUAAGAAAAUGACAACUGAAGAAGACCAGCAUUCAGUCCAAAAAGAGAUUCCAAUUACUGCAAACAAUGAUUCUUCUGCAAAGACUAGAAAAACAAAUCAAGACAGUAAUGUUGAUCAACUGUUAAAAAAACUGGGAUUAGAAAAUCAAAAACUAUCCCCAAGUGACGUUCUCAAUAUAAACACAAAAACACUUCAAAAUAUAUUGAUGGGUUCCACUCAGGAUAUUCCAGCAUAUUUUUGCUGGAAUUUAAUGAAGGCCAAAUCAGAGGCAAGAAACAUGAAAUAUAACCUAACUAAGAUACAGAAUCAGCCAGAAUCAGAAAACUUGGAUUUUUUCCAAGAAGAUAAAGAUUUUGAAGAUUUAUACCAUCCCCUGGAUAUCAUUGUGUCUAUUUUCCUGUGUACUGACCCAUUCCUGCAGCAGGAGCUGAUGGUAAAGAUGUCCCUGUGCCAGUUUGCAUUGCCACUAUUACUGCCUGCUGGUAACAAGGGCUGCAUCUUCCUACUGUGGGCCCUGUGCUCCAUUAUGAAGAAGUGGUGCCCACUCUCACUCCGACAUUGUGCAGGCUUUAAGGAAACAAGCAUGGUGACUGCCAACAUUCCCAUCUUUUCCUUCAUUCGACUUGGUUCCUGUUCCAUCUCCAAAUCGAAGGUUCUAAAUAAAGUUCUCAGCUCCUCCCAGCAACAUCACAACUUCUUCAUCCAUUACAAUAUGGAAUGUGGUAAUUUCCCUGGCAGGAUUUCUGAUGGUCUUUACGAGUUGUGCUGGUACCUGCCCAGUGGGAGUGAGGAAUUGGAUCUUUUCCCAGAGCCAAUGACCAUAUUAAACCUUCGAGGUGAUGCUAAAGAGCUCCACACACAGGUUCAGUUUCUGACAAACAUCUCUUCAGCUGUUUUUAUAUGGAUUGAUAAUAUCGACAGUGCUUUAAGCAAAAUCCUGAAAUCCCUCGCCCAGUUUCCAGCAAGUGCCUAGAUAGUGCUCACUGGGAGCAGUGUGUACAGUGAGACCAAAGAACAAUUAAACAAAUUAAUUACAUCCUCAGUGUAUAAAAAGGGACAAAUAUUAUCACAAGAGAAAAGGAACAAUGCAGAGUUUACUGAGACACUGCGACUCAUAUUGAAAAAGGCCUUGGAAAUAACCCAUCAACAGGUGACUGGUCAGGGCCCCAGGAGCCUGGAGAAACUGGCAGUAACUGCAAGGGACAUGGGGAUUGUAAUAGAUGAGGACAAUGAUCUGUGUUCGCAGGGUAAAGCAAGAUCUGGAAACAUUUAUAAUUCUAUUAAAGGAGAAGCUAUUAGCCAGUACAAAGUAGAAAACAUGUCUUUUCAGGGUUUCACUUGGCAACAAGUUUCCAAAAUAGAAAAAGAACAAUGUCGCCCAAAACCGCAAGAGGCGAGGCUAAUACAAAAAUAUUAUAAUGGCCUUGAAGAAGAGAAGAAGGCACUUCAAAAACAGCAGCAAGUGAAAUGUAUAUCAGCUGAUAUGAAAAGAUUCAUUGCAGCCUUGAUAGAUAGGAAUGAGAGGAAAUAUUUCUGGCAGUGGAUGAAAUUUGGGUUGGAUUCCAAAUUAAUACAUACUAUCUCUGUUUUACGUGAAAAGUACAAAGUUCUGCAUGAGAAAUCUCAGCGACAGUCAACAAAGCAGAAAGACUCUACAACCAGUGAACAGUUACAGGAAUUAGACCAACAGAUAAUUGCCAACUCCCUUGGACUCGAACACUUCAUGCGAGAAAUCGGACUAAUUUAUGAAGCGUUGAUAAAUCAAAAUAAUCACAAUGAGCAAGAGAGACACAUUGUGCAAACAUUACCCCACACUGCUGCUGACCUGAUGUUAGAUGGAUUCCCUCUGGAGCUCAUUGAUGGAAAUGUUUCCAAUAUCCCUUUACAGUGGGUCACUGAUGUACUGAAGGCAGUUGAAGACAGGAUUGGCAGAGAAACCAGUGUGUUUGUGUUGAUGGUGUUGAGUGUACAGAGCACAGGCAAGUCCACACUUCUCAACACCAUGUUUGGUUUGCAGUUUGCUGUGGGCAGUGGGCGAUGUACCCGUAGGGCCUUCAUGCAGCACAUCAAGAUCACAGGAAAUCUGCAGUUGGAGCUGGGCUGUGGGUACAUCACGGUGAUCGACACUGAGGGGCUGAAAGCACCAGGGCUGUCAGAAAUCAACGGCAGCUAUGAACAUGACAAUGAGCUCGCCAGCCUGGUGAUUGGGUUAAGUGAUGUAACAUUGAUAAAUAUGGCAAUGGAAAACUCUACUGAGAUGCAGGAUGUGCUGCUGAUAGUGGUCCAUGCAGUUAUACGAAUGAGAGAAGUGGGGAAAAGGCCGGUUUGUUACUUUGUUCACCAGAAUGUGAGUGAUGUGGCUGCUCAUGAUCAGAAUAUCAGAGGCUGCAAACAUCUGCUGGAACAGCUGGAUGUGAUGACACAAGCAGCGGCUAAAAUGGAAAAAUGAGAUCGAGAGUUCAGCAAGUUCUCGGAUGUGUUGGAGUACGAUGCAAUGGAGAAUAACUGGAAUAUCCCAGGGCUGUGGCAUGGAUAUCCACCCAUGGCAGCUGUCAAUACCAGCUACAGUCACAAGGUGUUUGAGCUGAAGAAAAGGAUUUUUCAGAAUCUGAAAGAGAAGAGAAAUAAAGGGAGACUGUCGACCAUCUCUGAGUUAAUCCAGUGGACUAAAUCCCUGUGGAAGGCGGUGAAAUAUGAGAACUUCAUCUUCAGUUUCCGGAACAGUUUGGUAGCCGAAGCUUACAAGGAACUUUCUGUCACAUACACUGACCUGGAGUGGGAACUGAGGAAAGAGAUGUAUUUCUUCCUGGAAAGAGCCCAGAACAGAAUUUUUAAUACAAGACAGGAUCCAGAAAAUGUUGCACAAAUUUUGAAAACAGAACAGGUAAAAUUUCUCAGUGAACAGAAAGAUAAAACUCUCCUACAGUUAAAGGAAUAUUAUUCCACCGGUAAUAACGCAAACCUUGUUGAAUAAUACAGGGAGGAUUUUGUCCGGAGCAUCAACUCUCUGAUCAUUGAACGUAGAAUGUAUAUGGACUGGAAGUGUGAUGAGGCAGUGCAGAGGAGGAGAGCUCUGCAGAAGCUGAAUGAUAUUAAGGACAUGUAUCAGAGUCAGAUUGAAGAACAGGUCAAUAAACUCCUACAGCAGUGCAGACGAGAAAAUAGGAGAAUGGAUGAAACCCAACUGGAGACAGUGUUUGAGAAAAUGUGGGAGCAGACAGUUUCAACUUUUCAACAUUAACGUCCACCAAGAGCUGAUAUAGUGAAGGACAUGGAACUGAGUCUACAUCAGAACAUGCCCGCAGACACCAAGCUCCUUAACCAGAAAAUUCAAAAUAAAACUCUGCUUGAGCAGAGUGAAAAAUCCUUCCAGAUCAAGCAGAAUCAUCCUCCCAAAUAUCUCAACCCAUUGACAAAACUAAAUGAAAAUGACUUUGAAAGAGCCCAGCAGCUGCGUGAUCAGUGGGUGAAGGAGUGUAAACAGUUUGUGAAUCAGACAGCAGACCAGGAGCAGGAUUAUGAUUCUAAUCAUUGCAGAGUCAUAGAUGAGAAAAUCCAGAAAAACCAGGAGCAGAGAUAUGUUUUUACUCAACUUUUCAUGGUCAAAUUUAAACUGGUAUAUGGGUUUGCUGUUAAACAAUAUAAAGAAAUGCAUGAUAGAUACCAAAAGAACAAUGAUCCCCUGGAGCAGUUACAAAAGGAGAAAGCAGCUUAUUGCCAAAGCUUUAAGGAUAUCUACUGGGAAAAAGAUCAAACCAAACAGAGAGCAGAACUGUUCUGUGAAAAUUGCCUCACCCCAGCCAUUAUCCAAGCUGUUGAUAACAAAGUGGGAUUGGAAAUUGUUCAGCACAUGAGGCACCACUGCAGAGGAGGGAAAUUCUUGUACCGGAGAAACUUCCAGGUGGCUCUGAUGCUGUAUUUGAAGGAGAAAGACAGUUUUGAUGAAUAUUACCAAUACAUAAAACACACCGUGUCAUUUGAGAAAGAUUGGCUGAAAGAACAAAUUGUUCAGCACUGUACAGCCACAAAUGAGGAACAAGUUCCUCUGCUGUGUUCUCUUGCACUCAAUAUUCUGCACGGGGUUAUCAAACAGGUGCAGGAAACUCUGAAAUAUAUAACACCUCCAAAUAAUGAGAAAUCAGUGACCGGGAUCAUUCAGGUAUUGAAAAAGAAACUGGAAGAUGGGAUACAGAUUCCUUUGGAGAAAUUGAGACCUGUUACUUUUCAGUCUGAAAAGAUCAACCCCCGGAACUUUAAACAAGAAAUUGAAAGUUUUAUCAGAACAAAUGACCUGACUAAGAGAGUUAAAAAUUGGGAGAAGAAUAUUGCUCAAAAAAUCUCUACACUCCCCACAGAUCCAUCCAGUGAAUUAUACGCAAUGUUAUCUGGCUGUGGGAAGCAGUGUCCCUUUUGUGAAGUCCUGUGUGAUUGUACAAACAGAGAAUACACACAGCACAGCGCUGAAUAUCACCGGAGCAGAGGACUGAAUGGAUACAAAUAUACUACUACCAGGGUACUGGCAUCAGAGAAUUGUACAACAAGUGUUGCAGGUGAGGGCAGUUUCCAGAAUGAUGACACUGACGGAAAUUGGUUUCCUUACAAGAAAUACAGGGAUCUCGAUGACCGGUACAGUCACUGGAAUAUUCCACCUGAUACCAGCAUCGAAACAUCAGCCUUUUGGAAGUGGGUGUUCUACAAAUACAACACCAAAUUUGCUGAUAAAUACUCAGCCAUGCCAGCAGACAGCACUUCUAGUUGGGGCUUGUCCUGGGAGCAAAUUGAAAAAGACAUUGAAGAUAAAUACAAUGUGAAGAUUGAUUAA